AUGUUCUACACUGACAAAUCAGUUGUAUACCCAUACGGAGCCUGUUGGCGUAAUAACAAGCCUCAACUUACCGGUGACAAUUUUCCUUCUGACGUUAAUGUGCCCUUGCUACCAAAUCCUCAGUUGGAGGAGGAUGCAAAGAUUAGUCAGUAUCUUGCGCCAUCAAGAGAAACAGUUAGCCUCGAGUCUCGGGGUCUCAACACAACAACAUGGACGAUGGAUCUCCUUAUGAAGGGUGCAAGACCAACAGAACCGGAUGCUUAUCUGUGCGCAGCCUAUCCUGUUACUGUUGACGAGGCCUUUAUUUAUAAAUUUGAGGCUCUGGCAGAUGCUUCUACUGCACAUCAUAUUAUAGUGAAUGGUUGCGAUGGGGAAGCAUAUUCUGAUGAACCUUUUUGGACGUGUCCUGCCAUUUGCAAAGGCUACAAGUCAACAAUUCUGUUUGCCUGGGCCAAGAAUGCUCCACCAACAGUAUUUCCCAGAGAUGUGGGCUUGAGAAUAGGUCAGAGGUCACCUAUUAAAACCAUUGUUUUGCAAGUGCAUUAUGGGAAGUCUUUCCCUGGUGAUUCACUAGUAAGUAGUAUUUUUUUUACAAAUAUUGUUGCAUUCUAUGGAAAUAAAUUAAGACAGUCUUUGCACUCUGGUUGA